CUAGAGAUGCCGUUUGGCUGGCAGUUUUGCGAGGGUUAACACGCUUAAAUGUCUUCCUCACCUCAGCCAAGAUUGUUUAGUUUAUAAUCUGCGCAAUGAUGUGCCAAAUCGUUCAUUUAUUGUAUUUUUAUUGGGUCAUUAGAAUAAGCUUCCAUAUGUGGUAAUAUUUCACUAGGAGCUGAUCCGUGCACUAUUGUGAAAUAAUUAUAUGGUGAAAGCAGUGCUGCGUUUUUAAACGUUUUUAUCCUAUCAGUAUCGAAACAUGGUUCAAUGACGCACAGCGACCGCUCUCUCUGGGUGGUGUUUUCUCUCUGCGCAGUGUUUUGGGAAACGCAUGAUCCAUCUUCGACUGUUGAAGGAAAGAUGCAUCGUUAAAACACUCGUAAACCUACAUUCGGGAAACCGGGCCCAGGUUAGGUUUGGUGAUACGCAUUGUGAAGAAGAAUGUUGAUGUUGUUGAAGAGGAAGACUCAGUGGUAAAAAAACUCCAAAUCGUGUAAUUUGCUUGUCCUGGCUGGAGACUGAGUGAAGGAUCAUGGGUAACACAGGUGACCGGAUGUCCAGUGAUCGCCAUGGCGCUAAGGCCCAUCGAUCAGACAGCAGAGGCAGCGACAAAGACCAUGAGCCCAGCAAGAUGGUGGACAGCACAGACGAUCCUAACAUCUUCAACACACACGGACUGGGGUCCUCCAAGGCGUCGGACAAGGAGGAGCCUGACCUGGAUGACUUGGUGAAGACAGGGCCUCAGUCCAGACCUACAGUCAUCCGCUGGGCCGGAGGAGGGAAAGAGGUCUACAUCGCGGGCUCCUUCAACAACUGGGGCAACAAGAUCCCCCUCAAUAAGAGCCACAAUGACUUUGUAGCGAUCCUGGACUUGCCAGAGGGAGAGCACCAGUACAAGUUCUUUGUGGACGGACAGUGGGUCCAUGACCCCUCAGAGCCAGUGGUGACCAGCCAGUUGGGCACCAUCAACAACCUGAUCGAGGUGAAGCAGUCGGACUUUGAGGUGUUCGAUGCUCUGCAGGUGGACUCUCUGGAGUCUACCGACACCUCAGAUCUGUCCAGCUCCCCUCCAGGGCCCUAUGGACAGGAGCAGUACAUGUUUAGGCCUGAGGAACGCUUCAAAGCCCCGCCCAUCCUCCCCCCACACCUCCUCCAAGUCAUCCUCAACAAGGACACCAACAUCUCUUGCGACCCAGCCUUGCUGCCUGAACCCAACCACGUGAUGCUCAACCACCUUUAUGCUCUCUCAAUAAAGGAUGGCGUGAUGGUGCUCAGUGCGACUCACAGGUAUAAGAAGAAGUACGUCACAUCUCUGCUCUACAAGCCCAUCUAACCUGUCUGUGUAGGUGCAGAUAGAGGGUGGCAUGUUAACACUGUACUGGGUUUAACCAUCGUGUAGCUGAGAUUGCACUAAACUAACAGUUUACUGAUGAGACUGGGGGCAAAUCUCAAAGGACACCCUUUUCCUUGUCCAGUGACCUACAGGGCUCCACAAAGGGCUCAAAGUAAUGCACUCGAUGGGGAAUAGGGUUUCAUUUGAGUCUCAGCGUGUGACCCUCACAAGGGAAAAUACUUAGCAUUCACAGUUUGAUAGCGAUAAGAAAAGGGACUGAGAAGGAGACUACUGUGUGUGUUUGUGUGGAGCACUUCUUUGCAUGUGGGCGUGUAGAAAGAACAUUUAGUUCCAUUAAAAACAUGACGGUUUGAAGAAAAGUCCUGAUGGAACUUGGAAAUGCAUAUAAUCAAGAUGAUGUUUUAUUAAAUGAGCUUUGAAAAGAUAUGAACACGGAAAGAGGGCCGUUGAAUGUCACUGGCUUGGAUUAUGGUCCCAUUCUUUCUCCGUAUUAUUACUGUAGUUGGACAUGACUGGAGUAACUUCCUGGUUUGGUCCCAAUGGGUCGAUGACCACUAAUCGAACCAUGAUAUGCAAUUGGAUAGGCUGUAAAUUGAACUGUGCUUUAUGUCUUUAUGACACGGUGAUGCAAGCACUUGAGUUACCCACCCAUGUGUCUCCAACAAAUGCUUUAAGCAGGACUGUUGACAUAAGCUUUUAACUAUGCAGGUGUACGGAAAAAUAUUGCACAGUAGCUUUAUGUUGGACCUCGGUGUCCAAGCUGCAUUUUCUAGGCCUAGAUACAGAAAUGGCUGCGCUACGUGUCUCUCUAGCCCAUUUUCUAUUUAUCCAAUAGGAAUCUAUUUGUCUGUGUGCCAUAUUUAUAGCUUACACUCCCAAAUACUGGUUUGUCUUGAAUGUUGUGGAGCAAUUGAAUGUCUAGUACGAACAGUUUACUGAAUAUGUGGUGGAUUUUAUGGAUUUCAAUCAAGAUUCAAAAUGUCAUUCUGUAAAGUAUAAAAUGGCCAAUAUGGAUUUCAAUCAAGAUUCAAAAUGUCAUUCUGUAAAGUAUAAAAUGGCCAAUAUGGAAUGUGGAAAAGCGUAAUUUACUUUCAUCAAGAUUGUUACAUUUGAGUGUUCUGUGAAUCAAACUUCACAUUUUUGACCAUACACCAUUUCAUAUUUGUACGUUGUAAGAGUACUGUACCUGUUGCUUUUGAUACCAGUAAUCAACGUGGGCUGAUAUGUAGGUAUAUACUCCAAAGAGAAUAUAAAUAUAUGAGAUUUUAUUUGAAAAACUGAGUAAAGAAAUGAUUACUGAAAGCCAUAGCUCACUCUGAGACGAUACACUGCAACACCUUCCUAAUAUUGAGUUCCACCUCGCUUUGCCCUCAGCCUCAAUUCGUCAGGGCUGGGCCAUGGACUCUACAAGCUGUCAAGUGUUCCACAGGGAUGCUGGCCCAUGUCGACUCCAAUGCUUCUCACAGUUGUGUAAAGUUGGCUGGAUGUCCUUUGGGUGGUGGACCAUUCUUGAUACACACAGGAAACCGCUGAGCGUGUAAAACCCAGCAGCGUUGCAGUUCUUGACACACUAAAACUGGUGUGCCUGGCACCUACUACCAUACCCAGCUCAAAGCUACUUAAAUAUUUUGUCAGACCCAUUCACCCUCUGAAUGGCACACAUACACAAUGUCUCAUGGCUUAAACAUCCACCUUUAACCGGUCUCCUCCCCUUCACCUACACUGAUUUGAAGUGGAUUUAAUAAGGGAUUAUAGCUUUCACCUGGAUUCACCUGGUCAGUUUGUCAUGGAAAGAGCAGGUGUUCCUAAUGUUUUGUACACUCAGUGAACGAUGUGAUAUUCUGGAACUCGAUUAGGUAAAAACAAAACUUGAAUUUUAAAUCUGUUAGCUAACAUGUUUUUUUCUUCUCCAAAAUGCUUUGCAGCAUCAUUGUAAGCCAAGUACUGUAGAAGAUUGUUUCAGUUUGCAAAUAAAAAAGGGGAGACAUGUUGACUCUAAAGUAUCA